CCCAACACCUCACUCUUCGUGCGGAACGUGGCCGACGAUACCCGGUCUGAAGACUUGCGUCGUGAAUUUGGUCGUUAUGGGCCUAUAGUUGAUGUAUACGUUCCACUUGACUUCUACACUCGUCGUCCCAGAGGAUUUGCUUAUGUUCAAUAUCCUUUCUUCAGAUGGCUGAUUAGUGAGGGGUGUUGAAGUUUGAAAUUCAAGUUUGUGUAAGAGAAUGUAAAGCUGUACAGUAAUGGCGACCCCAAAGAGAAAGCAUGAAAGAACCUUUAGAGUAGAGUUCAACAAUUAAGGCAAGUAGACAAGCCAAAGACCUCUUAAGGAUCAGGCUUGAAGAGAAGGGAGAGUUUGGGAAAAGAAAAAAUAAAGAAAAGCUGGAAGAAGGACAAGCCAUAAUGGGAGACAAAGCUUCGCUUUAUCUACAAAAGGGGGAAAAGGUUGUUUUUCAAAGUAAAAGAUAAAGCCAUCUGUCAUUUUUGGCCAAGCAUCUCAUGACAAGUCCUUCUGACAAGCACUUAAAGAGUUAAAGGUCAAGAUGAAGUUGAAUGGUGGCCAAGAUUAAAGGAGUCAUUCCUGAUGUAUCCUACAGAAUAACAGUUUUUCUUCUGUUUGUCACUACCUUAACACUCACCACAUUUGAAGAUGUCCGUGAUGCAGAAGAUGCUCUCCAUAAUUUGGAUCGAAAGUGGAUUUGUGGUCGGCAAAUAGAAAUCCAGUUUGCACAGGGGGAUCGGAAGACACCAAAUCAAAUGAAAGCCAAGGAAGGGAGAAACCUGUACAGUUCUUCUCGUUACGAUGACUAUGACAGAUAUAGGCGAUCUAGAAGUCGGAGUUACGAAAGGAGACGGUCUAGAAGUCGUUCUUUUGAUUACAGCUAUAGAAGAUCGUAUAGUCCCAGAAACAGUAGACCUACUGGAAGACCUCGUCGUAGCAGAAGCCAUUCGGACAAUGAUAGGUUCAAACACCGCAAUCGAUCUUUUUCAAGAUCUAAGUCCAAUUCAAGAUCACGAUCCAAGUCACAGCCCAAGAAAGAAAUGAAGGCUAAAUCACGGUCUAGGUCUGCAUCUCACACCAAAUCUAGAGGCACCUCUAAAACAGAUUCUAAAACACACUAUAAGUCCAGCUCAAGAUAUGAAAAGGAGUCGAGAAAAAAAGAACCAGCUAGAUCCAAAUCACAGUCAAGAUCACAUUCUAGAUCUAGGUCAAAAUCCAGAUCACGGUCAUGGACUAGUCCCAAGUCCAGUGGCCACUAACAGUGUAUCCAUGUUGUUUUUAGGCAUGUAAGAUUCAUUUACACACAGUUCAGUUUACUUAAAUUAUCAGGAAUAUGAUGUUGCAACAGUGCUAAAAAAUAUUUUCUUUGUCAGUUUUCCCUGUAGCCGACAAUGGUUAAAAUUAAAACAAUGUUGAGAAGCCACUGAGAGAGAGCGAGAAAGAGAGAGAGAGAGAGAGAGAAUGUUCACUUGGUUAAAUGUCAUGGGCAGCUACUGAUUUGGUUGUGGUGUCUCUAUGUAUAUUUUUGUAAAGAUUUGCAUUUUUAAUGCUUAGAUAUUGGUGAUGACUUGAUUGAUCGUAACUUGCAACAUUGUCCUAUUAAAAAUGUCAUACCCGUAGAAAAAUUGGUACCAGUUUGUGCUGAACAGUUAAACCAACUGUUUAACUUGUUCUUUAAUGCUAAACUUUGUGAUAAAACGGAAAACUGGACAGCUGUAGUGCAACACUGACUGCUGUGAAAUGCAGACUGGCAAUUUUAUGUUUCCGUUGUUCAAAGGCAGGUUUCUGUGUUCUCCAUGCUCACUGACACGAGUAGGUUGGUAAAUGGAGCUCUAUGGAGAGAUACUGUUGUGAUUUCUCUUUAACCCUGCCAUCUGGAGGGAUGGUACUAACAUUGCACGUACUACAUGAGGAGAGAGUUGGUCUUGGAAGCUCAUUAGGAGACUGCGCAGUGUCGUGACUUGUCAGGAUAGAGGCUUCGCUGCUUUUGACCUGGCUGCUAGUAUUAAAUGUGUGAGGGGAAAAAACCAAAACACCUUGAAAUGGAAAAUUAAAUUCAGAUUUCAGCAAAUGGCAGAGCAACUAAAUAUUAGGUUGUGUGUACAUUUUAUGCCGUUUUUGUAUCUAUUCUAAAUUUUAGUGAGCAGUUAACCAUAAAAUUGCUUAGUUUUCCUGCUGUUAGAUACAAGUAGAUUGUUUCGAGUUGUGUGUGUACAGUAUAUAAGAACUAAACUUUUAUGCCAAUGACUCCUGUGGUUAGUUGGUGUAUUCAUAGGUAUAAAACUGUAGCCAUCUCUCUUCUUGAGUAACAAAGGCUUGCUUUUAAACAUCAAAAAGUAUUUGGUCAAGCAAGUCUGAAUCACUUCUUCCUCAGACCGGCUAGUGGUUUGGUUACAAGAUUUUAUUUUACUUAAGAACAAAUGUUUGAAGUUGGAUAUGAACAAGAGCUGCAUCUCUAGCUAUUUAGUUUAUCACUAAUACAGUAUAUUUAGUAAAUUGAAUGUGAAAAAUAACAAAACCAGUGUGUCAUCUUACCAGUAUUUCUCUAGAAGGCAAGAUACUUUGUUAUGAAAAUGGCUUUUGGCAUUGUUGGUUUUUUUUUUCCCCUCUAUUUACUUUCAAAAGCCGGCAUCAAACACCUAGUGUUCCUUGCUGUCUUAUGUAGUAGCAUAUAAAGACAUUGAUUUCACAAAGUUCCUUUUUAGAGAAAUGUUUUAGGUUUGGGUUUUAGUGUUUUCAGCAGGGCCUUUGAAGAAAUGCAGAUGGCUUUUAAAUAUUGGCAGUGGAACGUGCUUAGGGGGUUGAUUCUAGAAUUUUUGUACAUUUGAUAGUAUUUCUAACUUUUUCUUUACUAUUUGCAGUUAAUGUUCAUGUUCUGCUAUGCAAUCAUUUAUAUGCACGUUCCUUUAAUUUUGUAGACUUUCCUGGAUGUAUAGUUUAAAAACAGCAAAAAGUCUAUUUAAAACUGUAGCAGUAGUGUGCAGCUCUAGCAGAGGAAAGUUGUGGGAUUAAACUUUGUAUUUCCUUUCUUAUAGAGGCUUCUAAAAAGGUAUUUUUAUAUGUUCUUUUUAACAAAUAUUGUGUACUACCUUUAAAACAUCAAUGUUUUGAUCAAAAUAACUAAAGACCCAGCUUAUUUUCUGCUUGCUGUAAAUUUAGCAAACGUGCUGUAAUAAAAAAAUGAAGGAAAUACUGAUCCACUGGAAUUAUUGUAGCUUUAGAAUUUGACUCCAGAGCAUGGUUAGGAGUAGAGCUAUGCAUCCCUUACGGAGUAAAAUCCUUACUAUGGUAUUUCAGUAAAGUCAGGAAUUUAUCAUUUAGUGUCUGGAUAAAUACCAUUUCGCAUUCUUAAAGGGGUACUAGACAAAAUAAGAAUGGUAAGCAUAUGAUUUAGUCUAAUAUAUUGACAUUUGUCUUAACUUUCAUUAUUGCUAGAUGGAGUUCCCUGUGGUUAUAAUUCAGAUGUUAUUAGCCAGGUCAUGAACUACUUAAAAUCAGCACUUGAAGAUUCAUGUAGAACCAAAUUUCUAGUAUCACUGUAUCAAUUUAUAUUUUUCCAUAUCAAAAAUUGCACCAGCAGUGGUUCUCUAGAAGGUGGCACAGCUUUGCUGAUGACAUUUAGAAUUCGAGCUGCCUCCUGACACGUUUAUUUACAACCAGUUCUUCUUAUGCCACUGAAUGAAAACAACUCUGAAAAGCACUUAAUUCCUUUGAUAAACCCAACUCUAACACUUUGUAAGCUGAGCUGUGAUGAUCUUGUAGCUGUCUGUAACAAUGGCAGAAAAAGCCCACCCCUUUUUCAGCUUCCUUAAAUGAAUAUAGUCUUCAACACUAAAAUCCUCCUUAAAAGUGAUCCUCCUGAGUGUGUCAUGGGAAAGCGGUGUUAUGUUGUUGUCAGCAGCCUGCAAGGGAUCGCUGUAAUUAACAUUCAUGUGAGUCCAGCCAGAAUUACAGCUGGAUCAGUGGGGAGGAGGGAGGAGAAAUCUUUGUGUCCAGACUGAGAUUCUAAUUUGAGACUGCAGAGUAACAGUAACUAUACCUUAACUAUUUUGUCAGCAUGUCCUUAUAUUGUGUGCCUCAACAUUUAUGUAUAGCACAGUUUAAAAAAAUUUUUGUUUUGAAAAUCCAGUUCAUUGCAAGUAUAAUGUAGUAUCUGACAGUUCUGAUGGUUCUUUCUUUCUCUCCCAGAGGUAGGACUAAACUUUGACUUGACUUGUGUAUAUGAACAAGCCAGAAAAGCCGAACACAAACCCACGAUGUUUCAAGAGUGCAUGAAUAAAGAUGUUGUCCUAGUUCUUGCUCCCAUGGAAAAAUUGUGAAGAAGCUGUUCUGUGGGCCUUUCAGUUGGGGACGAGUUAGCAGGAUGUGGCCAAAAAAAAAAGGGCAGGGAAUGUUUAUGCAUUCAUGCAAGUCAAGCCACAGCCCAUCUAGAUAACAUCUCCCUUCCUUGAUGCAGGUAUCCUAGUCCUGUUCUAAAAAAAAAAUAAAUAAAAGCAGUAGCCUGUCUUGUGCAAGCUACCUGCAGGUUAUGCACAGUUGGAAUGCAAGAACAUAUGCAGGCUACAAAAGAUCAUGUCUAGGCAUCUUUCUUUUGGAGUCUCAAGAAUGGUGGGAAUUAUGGUUUUUUCUGUGGUAAACUAGAUUUUUUGUCAUUCCUGCAAAAUUUGUAGAAUUGAAGUAGUGUGUUUAAAAAAUUUCUGCUGAAAGUAACGGCUGUGCUCCAAAAUAUCUGCAGCAUAUUGAUUUAGCUCAGCAGUCAUAGAAGGCUCUAUUGGAACUUCUUUUUCACCAAAAGUCCAUGCACCCAACUGAUAAUUAAAAAAAAAAUCUUAAAAUUUAGUGGUUAAGUAGCUGGGUGUUUAAAUUAGGGACUAUAAUAGACUGGUCUCUGAAAACUAAAUGUUAUCCUUUCUAUGUCUUUUAAAGAUGUUUAAAUGUACAGUAUAAUGGCUUUAUUCAAAGUGGAAAUUUUCAAUUUAACUGUUUGAGCUCUCUUCUUGGAAAGAGCUUUUUUUUUUUCUUUUUUUUUUUUACUGUUUAGUCUGGGGUAACAGCUUGAACUAUGUCCAGAGAAGGGCAAUUGGUUGGAUACACAUUGCAGCACUGCUACUUGAUUUUUUGGCAGGGAUGUUGCAGAUGAACAUUUUGAAGUACAAAGGGAUAAAUUUACACAUUUUUAGGACAUAAUCACCCAUUAAUAAUUGCUGGGUUUUUUUCCAUUUAUCUUGUAACUUGCUUAAAAAGUCUGUAGUCCAUUGCUAUAAUAUUUGUCUGAAGAUGCUCUUACUGAUGAGACUAUUCUAGGAAGGGAAGACUAUGUACCCUGUAGUGUGUUUGAUCAAAAGAUGCUAAUGUUUUAUUCAUACACAUCCUUUCUUCUUGAGUUUUGUGUUCCAUCUGUGCAAAUAACCCUGUGAAUUGGGAAUAAAAUGUACAAGUUUUGACUAUAA